UGCAAGUACCAGGAAAAGAGAGUCGUCUAAUUAACAGAAAACUCUUUAUUUAAUUAAGCUUAAAUCAUAUAUAUGAAUCUCAAGUUGGACUACUUUUGGUACAGGCUUCAUUUAUCAAAUAACAAACCACUAAUAAUCCACAGAUUAAGAUUGAUCCAUGUAGCAGAAGUCUUUAUAAUUGUGGUCACAAGACAUAUCAACCAAAUCAUUAUUUUUUUUGAAUUAACCAAAUCAUUAUAACGCUACGCAUGGCGAAAAUUUCUUUACUCAUCUCUGUUCUUGUGUGUAAUAUAUUCCUUCUAGUUGCCAAACAAGCCACAGCCCAACGGCCCAGAUACUUUUAUCAAUUUUGUCAAAACAGCAAAGGUAACUACACCCUCAACAGUACCUACCAAGCGAACCUCAAUCACCUCCUCACAACACUUCCCACCUCCCAAAACGACAAUGGUUACGGCUUUUACAAUCUCUCCUACGGCAAAGGCUCAGACCAAGUUUACGCAGUUGGACUCUGCCGCGGAGACACCACACCCGAUUUCUGCCGGAGUUGCCUCAACAACUCCACGCAAGUCCUCAAAGACAUCUGCCCGAACCAGAAGGAGGUAAUAGGUGGGUACGACAGCUGCCUGAUCUUACGCUACUCGAAUAGGUCCAUGUUGGGAAUUCCUGAGACUACCCCAAGAUUCUGCUUGUUUAACACCGAAAACGUGUCGUCUUCUAACGUUGAAGAGCAUUUUGAUAAUCUUAGCACUUUAUUGAAUGGCUUGAAAAGCGAAGCCGCUUCAGGAGGAUCUCUUCGUAAGUACGCCACGGGAAAUGCCAAGGCUCCAGGGUUUUUAACAAUUUAUGCACUCGUACAGUGCACCCCAGACUUGUCCGAGCAACAAUGUAUCAAUUGUUUGAAUAAUGUGUACGAACAAAUUCCGACAUGUUGUUCUGGGAAAGUAGGAUGCAGAGUUAUUGUCCCGAGUUGUAGUGUAAGGUAUGAGAAAGACUUGUUUUAUGGAUCUCCAAAUAACGCGCCGCCUCCAUCCCCAGAAGUAACGACGGGGCCGACUAAUAACACCAUUAACAAUGCUACAGAAGGACAAAAGAGUAGUGACAAGACAAGAAUUAUUAUUGCUGUCGUGGCCACCAUUGCCGGCGUGGCACUAAUCAUCAUUUUCGCCGUGUGUUUAAGCUUAAGGAAAUCAAAGAAAAAAGUUCAAGCUCUAAAAACAUACGAACCAGUUGAUGAAAUAGAUAGUGCGGAGUCCUUACAGUACAAUUUUGAAACCAUUAAAGUUGCAACGGAUCAGUUUUCUGAGGAUAAUAAGCUUGGACAAGGUGGUUUUGGUCCGGUUUAUAAGGGGAGACUUGCCAAUGGACAAGACAUAGCAGUAAAACGGUUGUGUAGGGGUUCAGGGCAAGGAGAUCUGGAAUUCAAGAAUGAGGUAAUGCUAGUUGCCAAGCUGCAACACCGCAAUCUUGUUAGGCUUCUUGGUUUCAGCUUGGAAUCAAGUGAAAGGCUUCUUGUCUAUGAGUUUGUCCAAAACGCAAGCCUUGAUCAUUUCAUAUUUGAUCCAAUAAAGCGUGCAACUUUGGAUUGGGAUAGGCGUUACAAAAUAAUAGGAGGCGUAGCUCGAGGACUUCUUUACCUUCAUGAAGAUUCUCGUUUGAGAAUUAUCCAUCGAGAUCUCAAGGCUAGUAACAUCUUGCUAGAUGAAGAAAUGAACCCUAAAAUUGCAGACUUUGGAAUGGCAAGACUUUUUGUUGUAGAUCAAACUCAAGGCAAUACAAGUCGUAUAGUGGGAACAUAUGGAUACAUGGCACCGGAAUAUGCGAUGCAUGGACAAUUUUCAGCCAAAUCUGAUGUAUUCAGUUUUGGUGUUUUAAUUUUAGAAAUAGUAAGCGGUCAGAAAAAUAAUUCUUUCCGUCAAGGCGAGAAUAUAGAAGAUCUUUUAAGAUACACGUGGAGAAUAUGGAGAGAGCAAAAUACUUCAAAGAUGGUUGAUCCCUUAAUGAGAGUUGGGUCAGGAUCUGAAGUAAUGAGAUGCAUUCAUAUAGGACUGUUGUGCGUCCAAGAAAACAUAGCAAAUCGACCAACUAUGAAUGCUAUUGUGCUCAUGCUAAACAGUAACUCCCUUUCUCUUCCACUGCCCUCUGAGCCAGCAUUCUUCAUGCGUAGCAACACUGGAUCACAUAUGUCAUUUGGAUCCGAUUUCAAUUCAAGAGAGACUACUAAAUCAUCAAAUCAUUCAAAAAGUGAAUCUAUUAAUGAGGCUUCAAUUACUGAACCCUUUCCUCGAUAAUAUCUAUGAUAAUCUUUGACUUUCAAAAUGGGAUAUGAUUGUACCUAAAGUAUAAUCAAAAAUGUAUUUCUUAAGUAGUAUUUUAUUAAGAAAAUUAUUUGCACUCAUGGUAAACAAAGAAACCAUAAUUUAUUUGUGAAAAAACAACAACAUUAUUAAUGGAGUGGUUGGCUAA